GCAGAAGUGACCUGUGGACUGGCACCACUAAACCCAAGAAUCGUCGGAGGUGACGAUGCCCCGGCCGGCAUGUGGCCUUGGCAAGUCACCAUGCACUAUAAUGGGAGACACAUCUGUGGGGCGACUGUGAUCCAUGAGGAAUGGGUGCUCACGGCAGCCCACUGCAUCCCAAGCACUGAUCUUGAGCGUUGGCUCCUCUUCUUUGGAAAACUGAAUCAGAGCGAGACCAGUCCCAAUGAAGUCAACCGCACGGUGACCCAGAUCAUUGUUCAUCCUGACUACAAUAACAUAACAAUUGACAACGACUUAACACUCAUGAAGCUUAGCAGCCCCCUCAAUUACACUGAAUUCAUCAGACCCAUCUGCUUGGCAAGUAAUGCAAGUCAAUUCAACGACGGCAUCUCGUGCUGGAUCAGCGGCUGGGGCAGACUGGGGGCUGAAGAGCCAAAUGUGGGCUUUGAAAGGCUACAAGAGGUUGAGGUUCCAAUAGUUGGAAACAACCAAUGCCGCUGCAACUACGCUCUGUUCGACAUUGCGGUCAACAGCAAUAUGUUAUGUGCUGGGGAGGAGGGUAAAGGAGCAUGCCAGGGUGAUUCAGGCGGUCCCGUGCAAUGUAAACAAGGCUCAAGGUGGAUCCAAGCGGGCCUGGGCAGUUUCGGAAUACCAUGCGCUAACGAGGGUUUCCCAGAGGUGUUUGCUCGCGUGUCGUUUUUCCAGGACUGGAUUACAGCGCAAGUGGAGGGGGCCAACAUUAGUUUUGUAACCUACACCUCGCGCGGUGUUGACCAUGACGCCAACUUUGUAUGUCUAUCAUCAUCCACGACACUUCUUUCGAGUCUUAGCCUCUUGCUCUUGGUACUGACUAUACAGGCGUUGUGACUUAGUUAUGACACAAUGUUACUGAUUUUAUGAAAAAAAAAAAUGAUAAUAUGAAAAA